UCACGAAGGAAGGAAGUCAUCUGUAGACUCAGCCGUGUUCUAAGAUUUUGUAGCCUACUGUAAUUUACCUGUUUAUUUGAGUUGUAAACUACACUAUAAAAGUGAAACGGUCAGACUGUUUAGUACUGCUUGAUAAUGGACGAAGACGGCGCAAAUGAUGGCGCUGUACAAUAUUACAGACUGACAGAAGUGGAGCAACGGAACACUUUUAAGAGUACAUGGAUUAUCAUCAACCACAAUAUUUACGAUGUCACAAAAUUUCUGGAAGAGCACCCAGGAGGAGAAGAGGUUUUGAGAGAGCAAGGUGGAGGUGAUGCUACUGAGAGCUUUGAAGAUGUUGGUCACUCCACAGAUGCUCGGGAGAUGGCCAAAGACAUGGUGGUUGGAAAGUUACAUCCGGAUGAUUGGGAGAAAAUUGCUAAACCUCCAGAGUCCCUUGUCACCACAGUUCAUGAAACCAGAAGCUGGUGGUCAAACUGGCUGAUUCCAGGUCUUGCUGCUGCCAUUGUGACAGUAAUGUACCGUAUGUACAUGCCUGACGAGUGACGACACAAGUUUAGACAUCCAGUGCCAACCAUAAGAACAGCCUGUGUUGCACACAAUGCAAUUCUGGAGAAAUCACUCAUUUGUCUACAUUCUCAAUCCAGUAAAAAAUAUAUCUGUUUGUAUGCAUAUUCAAGAGGAUCCCAAUUUCUCCUAUUUCUCAGGCUCUCAAGUGGUGUUAAAAUAUUGGGUAUGGUAAUGAAUUAAGAAAAUAAUUUUCUGUCAUCACAGAUGGGUGGUAAUUACCAAAGUUUCAACAAUAAGUAUAUCCAAAUGUUCAAACAUGUGAUGGGCCACUGAGUAAAUGUCACACACUUAAUUGGAAUGUGAUCAGAUUAUUCGGUAACGCUUUAGAAUAGCAUGUGCUUAUUAGCUAUUAACCAUGCAUAAUAAACAGUUAACAAUUAGUUACUAACAGUUAGUUAACUGUUGUUAUCCUUUAAUAACAUUAACUAACUGUUAACAUACAGCUUGUAAGUGUUAAUAAGCAGCAUUUAAAGGUGCUUACAAGCAUAUUUGUUAACAGUUAACGUGCAGAUUGUAAAUGUUAACAAGCAGCUUGUUAAUGGUGAAAAAAGACAUUUCUUACCUACUUGUAGUAAAUUCUGCAGCCCCCCAAUGUUAUUAAAGGAUAACAACAGUUAACUAAAUGUUAGUAACUAAUUGUUAACUGCUUAUUAUGCACUGUUAAUAGCUAAUAAGCACAUGUUAUUCUAAAGCGUUACCGAUUAUUCCUCUAUAAACCAGAUGCAAGGCAGACCAGUUGUGUGGUGACAGCACAAAAAUACAUAAAUACAAUGGAUUUCAAUACAUGUUAUGCAUACAGCUAUAUACAUACCCACAUAUUUUCACCUUAAAUUCACACAUAAUUAAAUUAUAUUGUAGUUGAACUAACAUUACAUGUCUCAGAUUAUUUAAAUGCACAAGUGCCUUACCAAUGUAUUUCUCAAAUGUAUAGGUAAUUAUAUGAAAUAAAGUUCAACUAUGUUAA